CUCUCUUCAGCUUCCUCAUCAACCUCUCCUAUCCAAAACAAUAACCCUAACCCUAACCCUAACCCUAACCCUAACCCGCUUCAGACGAAAGCUUCGCCCUCCCCUUCAAUCUCGACACCACAACCACAACAAUCUCAAGCGCAACCCAGGCCAUCGCCCUCCUUACUUUCUAGACCAUGGCAACAGCACUCCACCUUUUCUCAUUUCUCGUCCCCUCUGGCUUCUGCCUCUUCUUCUUCUUCAUCUCCUUCGGUUUCAUCGCCGCAAUCGCCUUCUCUUUCUGCUCCGCAGAGGGGCGGUAUGGCCAUUGGUGUGCCGGCAGCACAGCACCCGAGCCCUUCUCCUCCUAAUUCGCAGCCAUCUGCGUUUUCAGGUUCUUUUGGGCAGCAGUUCGGCGGGCUGGGCCGAAGUGGAGUCAAUGUGCCCGAAUCCGCGUCUAAUGCCAACGUUUCUCAGCCAAGGCCGAUGCAAGGAAUACAGGGAAUGGGAAUGAUGGGAACGCUGGGUUCCAGUUCUCAAAUGCGACCAGGUGGAAUUUCAGCUCACCAUCAACAGAGACCUGUUCAAUCAACUCUUAGACCGCCCUCUUCACCAACUAGUCAGCCUUCUGGUACCCAAAAUUUCCAAGGCCACAGCCUUUUGAGAGUCUCAUCUGUAGGUUCCCCUGCCUCCUCAGCACCAAAUAUGCAGUCCCUUAAUCAACCAUGGUUGUCAUCUGGAGCACAAGGAAAACCUCCUCUGCCACCACCAUCACUUAGGCUGCAGAUGAACUCACCAUCAAUCCAGCCAAGGUCACAUACUCCUCAGCAACAUCAUUCCUUGCCCCCAGCUUCACAGGCACAACAACAGCACAUGUCAUCUGCACAGCCGCAACAAAAUCUUCCUUCGCAUCAGCCUCAAGAACAUUUUGGGCAACAAUUACCGUCAAGAACCCCACAAACUUCGCCACUUCAACAACAGGUUAUGAGAGUACAAGGUUCUGCCAGUCAAAAGCCUUCAUCUCUUGCCAUUUCUCAGCCUAACCCACUCCAGCCAGCAGCGCUAAGUAAAUCAGCUAUUGCAGAGAGUAAUGAUUCUGGUGGUCGCAUUCUCAGCAAAAGAAGCAUUCAUGAGCUAGUUAGCCAGAUUGAUCCAUCAGAGAAGUUGGAUGCAGAAGUUGAAGACAUUCUUGUGGAUAUUGCGGAAGAUUUUGUGGAUUCUAUUACUACAUUUGGUUGCUCAUUAGCCAAGCAUCGGAAAUCAGAUACACUAGAGGCAAAGGACAUACUUUUACAUCUUGAAAGAAACUGGAAUAUGUCGCUUCCUGGCUUUGGUGGUGAUGAAAUUAAGACAUACAGAAAACCACAUGUAACUGACAUUCACAAGGAGAGACUUGCAGUGAUAAAGAAGUCGAUUAUUGCAGCAGAGGUUACCAAUACUAAGAACUUUGUUGGACAAGGUGUUACAAAUGUAAAGGGUAACCUGGCAAAGGCACCUGUAAAUAUUAUUGGCUCCCCAAACUUUAAAGCACGUGAAGUUACAUAA